AUCAACCUUAUAAUAUAAGUAUCAAACAAGUGAUUUAGGAAUAAUUUGGCCCCCUAGCCAGUAGCCACCUCUAAGUGACAAUUGAGAAGUCCGAAUGUCGUUGAAAUGUUGACAGUUAGUUGGUGGUUGACCUCAGCAUCACUAACAUCACCAUUAUUCAUUAUUCACCCCCAAAUCCAAUUCCAUACCCAGCACUAGACCCAUAAGUCACGUGGUAGCUCGUGCACCAUACGCCGUCGGAUCAAUCAUGGCCGCAAACUCAGCCCGAGUUGCCGUCGCCCAAAUGACUUCUGUCAACGAUCUAUCCGUUAAUUUCGCAACAUGUUCUCGUCUUGUCAAGUUUGCAUCCGGGUCCUUCCACUUUAGCACAGUAUAGGGUCUCAGGCAACUCACUUCUCCACAAAAUGUAAAGUCGAUCUAGGCAAGUACUUCCAGUAUUGUCUAUUACAGCCUUAAGAAAAAAAAGGAUGGACCAAUAAUGCAAGUUAAAAAAAAGGAGGAAGUAUAUGCUUAUUUUGAUGCUCUUCCUAAUGUUAAAUGGAGUUGGAACUUUCUGCUUGAAACUUCAAAGGAAGCAGCAGCUGCUGGAGCCAAAUUGCUCUGCUUUCCAGAGAGUUUUUCAUAUAUGGGUGCUAACCUUGGCGACAGUGUUAAAAUUGGGGAGCGUUUAGAUGGACCAAUAAUGCAAGGAUAUUGCAGUCUUGCCAGAGAGUCUCAAAUAUGGCUGUCUCUUGGAGGAUUUCAAGAAAAAGGUUCUGAUGAUUCUCAUUUGUGUAAUACGCAUGUGAUAGUUGAUGAUACGGGAAAAAUCAGAAGUAAAUAUCGCAAGAUACACUUGUUUGAUGUGGAUGUUCCUGGUGGAAUGGUGUAUAAGGAAAGCAGCUUUACGGAAGCAGGCAACGAAGUUGUGGCAGUAGACAGUCCUUGUGGACGCUUGGGUCUCACUGUUUGCUAUGAUUUACGAUUCCCUGAGGUGUAUGAGUGCUUACGAUUUCAACAUGCAGCGCAAGUUCUAUUGGUACCAUCAGCAUUUACAAAAAUAACUGGUCAAGCCCACUGGGAGAUACUUCUUCGUGCUCGUGCAAUUGAAACUCAAUGCUACGUAAUUGCCGCAGCACAAGCUGGUAAGCAUAACGAGAAAAGAGAAAGCUAUGGGGACUCUGUAAUCAUUGAUCCUUGGGGAACAAUAGUUGGUCGGCUUCCUGAUAAACAUUCAACUGGAAUUGCAGUAGCAGAUAUUGACUUUUCGUAUAUUGAUUCUGUGAGAAUGAAGAUGCCUGUUGAUAAGCAACGGAAGCCGAUUGAUUUCUGGAAAUCUUCGCCUCUUUGAGCUUUAUUCUGAGUAAUGUACAUGUAGAUGCUUACACAUCAAGACUCAGGAAUUGGCUUGAUUUGGUUUCUAAAAGCGGGUCAGAACUCUUGCCAAAUAGUAAUCAUUGGCGGCAAGCAUCUCAUUAACCGUUGCCAUUUCUUCUCCCUGUUUUAUAAAAUAGUUUGCUGCAACUUUUUCCGUAAUGUACAAGUUACCAUAUUUAUCUUUUGUGAUGAGUUGUAGUGUAAUAUUAUCGUUGAGAAACAAUGAUUUAGAUGAAAAUAUGCUCAUCAAGAAAGCAUUACUUUUUCUCCUACUGAUCUUGUAUUGCACUGGUACUCUGGUAGGGAUCCAAUACUUUUGCAAUUUAUAGGUGUACUGUGUUAACUGUUAACUGUGAUAUCCAUUAAACUCCGAAUACUUUAUUA